AUGGUGGCGAUUAUUCUAUCUAGGAGGGAGAGACAACAACAACAACAAGCAAGAUCAUCAUCAAAUUGUGGGAAUCAAGCUAAGAAAGAUUGUCCUCAUAUGAGAUGUAGAACUUGUUGUAAAAGCCGAGGCUUUCACUGUCAAACUCACGUUAAGAGCACUUGGGUUCCGGCUGCCAAACGCCGUGAGCGGUUAGCCCAACUCGCCUCCUUGCAGCACCACUCCGCCUCCAGCCGUGAAACGCAAACCGCAAACGCGAAACGCCUACGAGAAGCUAAUGGUGGUGAUAAUGAUGAUAGAGACCAUAGUGGUGGUGGUGGUGGAUCGGCUCUUGCUAAUACCCGUGUGGUGAAUGCUAAUUCUAACUCAGGGUUGGAGGUGAGUCAGAACUUACCACCGGAAGUUAGCUCACCGGCGGUCUUCCGAUGCGUUCGAAUUUCGUGCUACUCCGUUAGCUAG